GGUCUUGAUCGCAAGGCUAUGGAAGCCGAGCGUCUAGCAAGACUGGCAGCAAAAGGUAUAUCAAAUACCGAGUCGCAAGCUACACCGGUGCCAGCGACCACUGCCAAAAGACAAAGAUCCAUUUCUCCACCCCCCACAUCACGACCAGCCAAGAAAAUCAAAGAACAAUCAGAUGCACCAUCAUCACUUCAGUAUCCUCAUGGCACUGUCAAAAAGACAUGGGCUUUUGGUCACGCUCGUGACAAUGAUAUCAAGAUUGAGGAAGUGCUCGAAAAGUCUACACUGCGCACAGCCUUGCUCUCGGCAUUCCAAUGGGAGACGAACUGGAUCAUGGGAAAGCUCAACCUGCAACAGACCAAAGUUAUCAUGGUCAUGCAAGCAGAUAAUGAGGAUGUCAAACAACAAUAUCGCCAAGAGACUGCAUAUAUGGGUACGAUCCUACGACUCGUCUUUCCCUCCAUGGAAGGUAAUAUCAACUGCAUGCACUCCAAGCUCAUGUUGUUGUUCCAUCCUCACAAGCUGAGGGUAGUGGUCCCUUCGGCUAAUCUGACUAGCUAUGAUUGGGGCGAACAAGGUAUCAUGGAGAACUCUGUCUUUCUCAUUGACUUGCCUCGGCUUGAAGAUACUGCCACCAACGAUGCAAGCUCAUUGCCUCAGUUUGGUCGUGAACUACUGUUCUUUCUGUGCAAGAAAGGUUGUGAAGAAGACAUCUUGAAAGGUGUCUUGAACUUCGACUUUAGCAACACCAAAGACCUUGCCUUUAUCCACUCAGUUGGUGGCACUCACUACGGUGAUGACAUGGAAAGAACUGGUUAUGUUGGUCUAAGUACAGCAAUCCGCGAGUUGCACCCUUCGUCUCAAUUCUCCAUUUGUUCUCAGUCCAACCUUCAGAUCGACUAUCCAGCAUCCUCCAUGGGUUCCUUGAACGACGACUUCCUCACGAUCAUGCACAAUGCCGCUCGAGGCGAAGAUGCGACAGCCAUUCCCGCAGCUAUCUCCCGGACUGCACCCAAACCUUUUCAGGAUACCAUUCCGACGACCAACAUCCGAGAGAGCUUUCGCAUCUAUUUCCCGACACACUCGACUGUCGCAGCCAGCAAAGGUGGUGUAAUGUGCGGUGGAACGAUUUGCCACAGAUCCGAAUGGUGGAACCGUUCUGGUUUCCCGCGUGAAUGCUUCCGAGACUACCGCUCGAAGCGUCCUGGUAUGCUUUCGCACAACAAGAUUCUGUAUGCCCGAGGCAUCAAUGAGAGAGGAGAGCAAGUCGCGUGGAAGUACGUUGGAAGUGCAAACUUGAGCGAGUCCGCUUGGGGCAAGUUGAGUUGGGACCGCAAGAACAAGGAAUGGAAGAUCGGAUGCAGGAACUGGGAAUGUGGUGUCAUCGUGGCUGUG